AACAGCGAUCUCGGAAGCCGUCAAAAGUUUUAUUUCUGGUGAAUAAAUUGUCACGCGGGAAUUAUUUUGUGAAAAUUUAAUUAAGAAUUUUCAUGUAAAACUUCGCUAAUAGAGAUGACGAAAACUGUAGGAACUGAAAGAAACUGCAAAAUUGCAGCCGCCUUCGAGAAGCUCCCUCAAAUGGAACCAUGUUUGACAAAGAGCGUCAAGCUGCCGCUCUCUAAGGCACAGCCUUCUGCCCCCGUCUACCAUGAACCAAUCCGCAGUGAAACCAAAGCCAACCAAAUGAAGGAAUUAUCUCAACCGAAGCGGAAGCAGAGCCAUUACAAACUACGCCACGUCCGAACAUUCACCCGUGAUUUCCGCAAAAUGGAACAUAACGUGCGGUCAUGUUAUACCUGUCGUUUGAACUUUCCCGAUGAGGUCAAACUGGAAGUGCAUCGAGAAAAACACGGUAAGGAAUUCCGUUUCCUUCGGCAGGUGGAUGAUUGCAUCCAAGAGGAACCAAUGUUUCACAUCCGGUUGGAUUAUCGGCCGGACUUUGCAAAAGUUUUGGCGUACGUGCGUAAUGUUUCCUCCAGUCCAGUAACCGUGUUGACCAUGGCUUAUCUCCAUCUACCGGAUGGUCAGCUGAUGACACUGUUCGAAAGUGAGCAGCGCAUUCCGUGGGGAUCCUUUACAACAUUUUCCUUUCGGAGUUCCUAUCUGUCGGCGGUAGAUCGUAAUUUCUCUUUGAUUAUGGUCGGCAUGUUGGAUGCGAAGACGGAAAUUUUGGAACAGUAUUACCUGCAGGUGAACGAGUUGUGCCACUUUUCUGGUGAACAGCUGGCAUUGAAGCAACCGCCAAUACACUGUCCUCCUUUAAACAGUUAUCCUGUACCGAAGGUGAUUCGGGAACUGUAUGCUAGUGAUUUUUCGCCACGGGCAGUGGCUCGUGCUGCUGGGGCUAAGAGUUUGCUGGAUAAGCUGCAGGAUUUCAAACACCAAGGGCUCCACCCGGCAAAUUACUUGGAAUAUCUUAACGUGCUCAAUCAGAUCGAGGAUUACGACUUGCAGGUUGAGUACGAGAAGUAUCAGAUAAAGAAUGCCAAACUGGUUCCUGGUAUUACGGAGAAAUUUUAUCGUCUUUCGGUUGACCAAUUCGAAGUUGCACCUACGCUGUUAGAUGAGGAAUGCGGUGUUAAAAUUAUAAUUCCGAGUGAUUUCGAGCAGAGGAGCUUUCUUGGCUCGAUACAUAACAUUCACCCGGAUUACAUGGUGAUUCACGUGAACCAACCGUUAGUUCCAGCGGCGUUUUAUACGAUCGUGUUCGAACUGAACCGACUUACGUUCCAGAUGGAGUAUUUAGCCUUAUCACUAUUGGAGAAAAUUGACAUUGGCAAGCUGCUUUUUCCGAAGGAGCCCGAGAAAAAGAAAAUACUUUUCAAAGAUUUUGAUUGGUGUAGUAAGAAUGUUAGCACGAACGUGGAGCAAAUGUCCGCCGUUGAAAAUAUCGUCAACCGUAUGGCUUUCCCUGCCCCAUACAUACUUUUUGGGCCACCUGGUACGGGAAAAACUUCUACUUUGGUUGAGGCGGUAGUUCAAAUUUGGAAACUACUGCCGAAAGCGAAUGUACUGGUAUCGGCGUCGUCAAACUUUGCCUGCGACGAAUUUACUAAGCGACUGUUGGAAUUCAUUCCAUCAUCUGACGUUUUUCGAUAUCUAUCGAAGUCUUGUGAGAAGAACGUGCUCAAUAUGGAUGAGGCAGUGGUUGGUAUCUCUAAUUUGGCAUCUGGGACGUAUUCCGCUCCGUCGUGGCACGAUAUCUACAACAGUCGCGUUGUGGUGGCUACGGUUACGAUGUGUGGUCGACUGGCUCAAGCCAAGAUUGAUCCCAAUCACUUCAGUUACAUAUUUAUCGAUGAAGCUGGAAGCGCUAAAGAGAUUUCCGCACUGGUUCCGAUUGCCGGAAUCGGUACAAAUGGGAGAGAGAUAACGGCCAGCGUGAUUUUAUCUGGAGAUCCAAAGCAGCUAGGACCUAUGAUACGAUAUACCUAUCUGCAAGAUACCGUGCAGCAGAUCUCCAUGCUGGAACGGUUAAUGAAUCACGACAUCUAUCGAAAGAACUUGGAAACGGGAGAAUAUAAUCCAUUCGUAAUCACAAAGCUGUUGGACAACUAUCGUUCGCACCGGCAUAUGCUUCAAUUCCCAAACUACGCAUUCUACGAAGGUGAUCUCAGAUCUCAUGCGCCUUCUACUGCUACGGACUGGGCGAUUGGAUGGUCAGAACUGCCGCGAAAAAAGUUCCCUAUGUUCUUUCAUUCGAUUCGGGGGAUCACAGAAAAGGAUGCACACUCGAGCAGUCUCUACAAUCGACAGGAAGCUGACCAGAUUAUAUUCUAUUUAAAGAAGAUUUUUUCGGAAGGAAUUUGUGACCGAACGGUAGGCCAGCAUGAGGUUGGUAUCAUAUCGCCAUACACGAAGCAGGUGCUGCUGAUCAAGACGCUAUGCAAGAAUAACGGCUGGGACAAUGUGGAAGUUGGUUCCACCGAGCAGUAUCAGGGCCGGGAGAAGCCGAUUAUGUUGAUUUCUACCGUCCGGUCGGCGACGGCUACGGUGGGAUUUUUGAACAACGAGAAACGAUUGAACGUGGCAACAACGCGGGCGCGAGCACUGAUGAUCAUCGUUGGUAAUCCGGACACGCUGCAGCGGGAUCUGCACUGGUACUCGAUGAUCAAGUACUGCGUGGAUAAUCAUGCUUACAAGGGAAGUGAUUUUUCCUUGACUCCUCCGUACAUGCAAUCGAGGAAGGCCGAAACCGAACGGGAUUGGUGAGGUUGAACGUUGACGAUUUCUUCGAUCAGAUCACGUUGUGCUCAUGGGUAUCAUUUUACUUAAUUUCAAUUAUUUUCUUUCGAUGGAAAUAUUUCCCUUUCCAAAUACUGUUAAUAUAUUAUGACUGAAAGGUUAUCUCGGUAUUACGGCGGAUGGUGUUUUUAAACAAAUGUAGUUCGAUCGACUCCAGCUAUUUUCCAUUUUAUUAUCACUAAAGAGUGAAACCAUUGAUCCCAAUGAAGAAUGAGCGUUAUCUACACAAUUUUACCCAAUAAAUUAUAAAAUUUAUCAAAAAUGAAAUAUAUUUAACUUGGUACACAUU